AUGGCUACAAAAUUCGUAACAAAAUACUUCCCUCCUUCCAAGUCAGCUAAAAUGAGAAAUGAGAUCACCACCUUUGUGCAGCAAGAAACUGAAUCCUUAUAUGAGGCAUGGGAAAGAUACAAGGAGCUAAUGAGGAAAUGUCCACAUCAUGCUCUACCAGAAUGGUUGCAAGUGCAGAUUUUCUAUAAUGGUCUUUCACCCUCUUUUAAGGCAAUUUUAGAUGCAGCAAGUGGAGGAUCAUUCAAUUUGAAAACACCAGAGGAAGCUUUAGAGACUCUAGAAUUAAUGGCAAACAACACAGUGAAUAUGCAGUUUGACCGUCAAAAUAGAAAAGCUGGAGUGUUGGAGGUUAAUACUUUGGAUGCUAUCUUAGCCCAAAACAAGUUGUUAACACANCAGAUCACUGAUUUGACUCANAAGCUGGGAAAUAUGCAAGCAAAUAAUGUGAAUACAAGAUCUCCAGGGUGUGAUUUUUGCGGAGGAAUGCAUCAGAAUGGUGAAUGUCAGGCCACUCAACAAGAAGCACAAGUCAAUGCAGUGGGAAAACAACAAAAUCAGUUUUCUACCAACUUUAAUGCAAAUUGGAAACCCCAACAAACGAGACCUUGGAGUAAUCCAAUCCAAUCUAACCCACCAAGGCCUCCAUAUCAAUAUCAAGCUCAGCUCAGCAAUCAAGGGAACAAGAUGUAUACGUUAGAAAAUGCACUAGAGAAGCUAACUAUGCAAACUUCUACCUUUGUGGAGCAGACUUCAAAUUUCAUGAAUGAGACAAGGACUAACUUCAAGAACCAGGAAGCUUCAAUCAGAAAUUUGGAGAACCAGAUUGGUCAGCUUUCAAGACAACUCUCGGAGAGAUCUCCUGGCACAUUCCCUAGUGACACUAUACCAAACCCAAGGGAACAAUGCAAGGCAAUUCAAUUGAGGAGUGGAAGAGUGUUAGAGAAUGAAAAAAGGAGUGAGAUGGACAGAAAGAAAAAGAAAAGAGUUGAUGAAAUAGCAGAAGAGAGUGUAGAAAAAGAAAUUGAGAGAAAAUGUGAGGAAAAGGAAGAGGGAGAAAAAAAUCAAGAGAGUGAGAAAGAGAUGCGUGAGUAUGUCCCUACAAUUCCAUUCCCUCAAAGGUUGAAGAAGCAAGAACAAGCCAACCAAUUUGCAAGAUUUCUUGAUGUUUUUAAGAAGUUCCACAUUAAUAUUCCAUUUGCUGAAGCAUUGGAACAAAUGUCAAGUUAUGCUAAAUUCAUGAAAGACUUGUUGUCAAAGAAAAAGAAGCUUCAAGAAGAUGAAACAAUUAUGCUCACAGAGGAGUGUAGUGCAAUAAUUCAACAAAAAUUACCUCCCAAGUUGAAGGACCCAAGAAGCUUCGUCAUUCCAUGUGAGAUUGGAAAUAUAACGGUGGGUAAAGCAUUGUGUGACCUUGGAGCAAGUAUCAAUUUGAUGCCUUUGUCAAUUUUUAAAAGGCUGGGAAUUGGAAAAGUAAAGCCCACUAUGAUAACUCUACAAUUGGUAGACUUAUCAAUGACUUAUCCUUAUGGAAUUGUGGAAGACGUUUUAGUGAAGGUGGAUAAACUUAUUUUCCCAGUUGAUUUCGUGGUGCUUGACAUGGAAGAAGAUGCUAAAGUCCCAAUCAUAUUGGGAAGACCAUUCUUAGCCACAGGAAGAACACUGAUAGAUGUAGAACAAGGUGCAUUGAUGUUAAGAGUAGGAGAUGAAAAAGUCACAUUCUCUAUAAAUGAAGUAGUAAAACAUAAAUUGGACAAAGAACAUUGUUUCAAGGCUGAAAUAAUUGAGUCUCUUGUGUUAGAGGAUGUUGAUUAUCAUGUAAGGAAGAAUCCUUUAGAGAAAGCUUUACUGUCAGGAAUGGAAGCAAAAGAGUUGAGUAAAGAAAUUAAUGAUGAAGAGGUAGUGAAGUGUGCUCAUCAAUUAGAAGUCAUCAAGCCAUUAAUCUGUUCCACAAGAAGUCAUGUUGUACCCAAGAAAGGAGCUCAUUCACAUCACCACGGUGAAAUGAUCAUCAAUAGUUUUUAUGUUUUCAAAAAAAGAGAGAGAGAGAAAAGAAGAAGACCCUUCUUCUGUUGA